AUGGUUGAACAAAAUGAUAAUUAUCUGAAACAAUUGGGUAUUAAUAUGAAUAACUUAGAAAAAGAAAUGGAUUCAGCUAUUGCUAAAGAAUCUAGAUAUUGGCUUGAAAAUGAUGCAAAAAUUAGAGCUGUUCAACAAGGAGUUCCAACAUAUGAUGAUUUUAGAGAGCUUGUCGCUGGAUGCCACUUGAAGCCUUUGGAUCGAUUAGAACUAACCAAUACUGUUGGUCAAAAGUCCAGCUGGAACUAUUCAGCAAUAUUAUCAAGUAAUAAUAGCUUGUUUAUGGAACCUGGAAUGAAUUCAGCUAUCGCUACAAAGUCCAUUACCACUCCACAGGAAUUCAUUGUACAGUGGCGUCAUAUCAAAUCAUCUUCCACGUCAGACAGCAUUAAUACAAAUGGUGCUUUAUUGGAGUUAUUGUUCAAUCAAGAUAAUGAACUAUUGGAAAAUCUUUUUAACACUGGACUGGGUGUGUCGUUUUUACCUGAAAUACUUUCAGUAUUAAAUCAUUCUGUUGAUAACACGGACACUAUAUUGUCAUCAUCUGAUUGUAAUAUCAGCAUCGUAAUAUCCAAGGUUUCUAUGAUUCUUGCAAGUUUUCAACGGUCUAAACAAUUUUCUUUAGCAGUCGAUUGUUUGCUAGAUAGUGAAAAGGAAACUGCACAUCACUUAGUUGAAAAAAUCAAAGACAUUGCAAACAAAUAUGAACUUUUUGAAGAUGAUGGUGAAACUUUGAAGAAAAUUGCAGACACUUUUAAGCGGUGA